UCUCUCUCUCUCUCUCUUCUUGAUCCAACAUGAUGGUGUUGUAGAGAGAGAAAAAAAAACCCUAGAAAAAAAGAAAUUAAAAAAAUAGUCUAAAAAAAAAAAAGCGUCUUCGCAAUCGCUCGCUCGGCCAUGGCGAUGUACGAAGAGAGCUCGCGACGACGCUAACAUGCGCAGGGCUCCCCCUUCCGCUCGCCCCGACGCCCCCCUCGAUCUAGGGUUUCGGUUCGACCCCCUCGCGUGUCCUCUCUAAGGGCGAGAUCAUGGCGGCGAGGGCUUGGAGCUCGGCCUCGCUCCUCCUCCUCCUCCUCGGCGCCGCUGCCGCCGCGGCGGCGGCGGCGGAGCCGGUGUGCCCUAGGGCGUCGGCCGCGGACGCGAUCUUGGGGCGAUGGGGGUCGUGCUCGGCCCCGGAUUCGACGGCGAUCGACGGUGACUCGAUUGGGGUGGUGGAGGGAGAUGAGGCUACUUUGCAAAAAGCUUUGAACAUAGUGCAUUGGAACAGGGAGGAAUAUGUUGCCAUACUCUUUUAUGCUACAUGGUGUCCUUUCUCUAAGAUUUGCAGACCAAACUUCCACAGAUUGUCUUCCAUAUUUCCAGCUAUACGGCAUUUUUCGUUUGAAGAAUCUGUUAUCCGGCGAAGCAUACUCUCAAGAUAUGGAGUUCAUGGUUUUCCAACCCUCUUUCUUUUAAACUCUACAAUGCGAGUGCGGUAUCAUGGACCACGAAACACUGAUUCCCUAGCUGCUUUCUACACUGAUGUUACAGGGAUUAAUCCUGCUUCGCCAGAUGGAAUAUUACUAAACAAGAUGGUAGAUUUGUCAAAUAUGACCGAAUUCAAUGAAGACACUGAGCAGGAAACUUGCCCUUUCUCAUGGGCAAGAUCACCGGAAAAAUUGCUACAACAAGACACUUACCUGGCAUUGGCCAGUGCCUUUGUGCUCUUGAGACUUCUUUACAUUCUCGUCCCAAAACUUAAUGCAUGUGCUAACCGAGCUUGGAGGAGGCGCGUCCGAUUUGCGAGCUUGAUCAGCUUUUGGGAUUGUUUCCGGGCUUAUAUCGAACAAGCCAAGCAAGGGUUCAACAAAGUGCUUCCGUGCAAAAGAAGUAAUUUGCAGGAAGGAGCAAUGAAUGCUAGGGUUUGGGCUUCUAAAUCGUUGGCUUCGGUGGCCAUUGGGGAGCCGAGUUCCAGUAACUUACAUUCUACAAGCUAAAGAAGGUAGGGUGAAAACCCUAGUAAGGCUUUGUGAUUUGUAUAGAUGAUGCAUCUCCUUAAAGAGAGAGAUAAUCAUGUAUUUUUGCCUUUUGGUUGAUGGUAUUGGGAUUAUUCUUUGAGCAGUCUCUCUUUAGGAGGCAGAUGAUUUUAUAGUCAAUUGUUGUUAGCCUUUCCUGUGGAAUUACUUUCAUCUGCAGUUUUAUUCAUCGAGUAUGACUUUUCAUUUGAAAAUGUUAACAUUAGAGAGCUGACUCCGUGAAGUUGAGUCUCUUUGUUCGCAUACUAAUCGUGUCGAGUCAAUUGUAAUACAUAAACUCAACGUUGAUGAUCGAUGAACACCACUGCUGUGAAAGUGUGAAGAGUUUAUGAAA